AGCGUCUGACCGCCUGACCAUGAGUCUGCUGAGGCCCAGCGGGCUGAAGGCCCCCACCAAGAUCCUCAAGCAUGGGAGCUGGGCCCUGAAGGCACCCUCGGCCGCGGCUGCUCCCGUUGAGAAGACCGUGCCUGGGGAGAAAACCCCCAGCGCCCCCUCCUCGGAGAUGCAGGAGGAGUUUGUGGGCGACUUCCAGGUCGGGGAACGAGUCUGGGUGAACGGGAACAAGCCUGGAUUCAUUCAGUUCCUCGGGGAGACCCAGUUUGCCCCUGGUCAGUGGGCCGGGAUUGUCUUGGACGAGCCCAUCGGCAAGAACGACGGCUCGGUGGCGGGUGUGCGCUACUUCCAGUGCAAGCCGCUGAAGGGCAUCUUCACCCGGCCGUCCAAUCUGAGUAGGAGCUUACAGGCCCACGAUGAGACCAACGACCAGCAGACAGCGCCUGCCGCCUGGGUCACACCGCCCCUGUCGGCCUUCCCGGUCCCUGCCGGCACCCAGAAGGUGCCCCAGGCCCCCGCGAAGGAAUCACCGGCCACCCCUCACAUCAGCAGCCUGACCAGGAUGGCCAGCGAAUCCAUCUCCAACCUUUCUGAGGCCGGCUCCCUCAAGAAAGCCGAGCGGGAGCUGAAGCUCGGGGACCGGGUGCUGGUGGGAGGCAUGGAGGCCGGUGUGGUGCGCUUCCUCGGGGAGACGGACUUCGGCAAGGGGGAUUGGUGCGGCGUAGAGCUGGACAAGCCACUGGGCAAGAAUGAUGGUGCUGUGGCCGGAACGAGGUACUUCCAGUGUCAGCCCAAGUAUGGCUUGUUUGCUCCCAUUCACAAAGUCACCAAGAUUGGCUUCCCGUCCACCACGCCGGCCAAGGGCAAGGUGGCCACCGUGAGGCAUGUGAUGGCCACCACCCCCGCCAGCCUGAAGCGCAGCCCUUCGGCCUCCUCGCUCAGCUCCGUCAGCUCCGGGGCCUCAUCCGUGAGCAGCAGGCCUAGCCGCACGGGACUAUUGCCGGAAACCUCCUCCCGCUACGCCCACAAGAUCUCUGGCACCACCGCCCUCCAGGAGGCGCUGAAGGAGAAGCAGCAGCACAUUGAGAAGCUGCUGGCCGAGCGGGACCUAGAGCGGGCGGAGGUGGCCAAGGCCACGAGCCACAUGGGGGAGAUAGAGCAGGAGCUGGCCCGCCGGAACGGGCAUGACCAGCACAUCCUGGAGCUGGAGGCCAAGAACGACGAGCUGCGGGCCAUGCUGGAAGCGACCGACUGGGAGAAGGUGGAGCUGCUGAACCAGCUGGAGGAGGAGAAGAGGAAAGUGGAAGACCUCCAGUUCCGAGUCGAGGAGGAGUCCAUCACCAAAGGCGACCUGGAGGUAAAGCCCGGGCAGGUCCCGGAGGCUUGCAGGGUGCAGGCAAGGAUGCGGGGCGGCCUGGCCGACCCCGCCGGGACCACUUCUCUUUUCCUUAAAACAAGAAGAAGCAAAGAGUCAGUUUGGAAAAGAAAAAUUUCUAUUUCUGCUUCUUUUCCUUCCUGUUUUAAGUUCAUGGAAAUUUUGUUUUCCCACCAGAAGGAGGUGAAGUCCCUGCAGGCGGCCUCUGAGAAGCUCGCCAAGGAGAACGAGUGCCUGAGGACCAAGCUAGACCAUGCCAACAAGGAGAACGCGGACGUGAUCGCCCUGAGGAAGUCCAAGCUGGAGACGGCCAUCGCCCCGCACCAACAGGCCAUGGGCGAGCCGAAGGCAUCCGUGAGCCAGGUCGUGGGCGCCGAGGCGGCCGAGCUGGCCGAGCUCAAGAUGCAGAUCGAGAGGCUACAGUUCGAGUACCAGCAGGAGGUGGAGAGCCUGAAGGCCCAGCAGGCGGCUGAGCGUGCAGCGCACGCCUCCGAGCUGCAGACGCUCAGGUCGCGGCUGUUCAGGACGGCCCAGGAGCAGAAGAACAGCCUGGAGGCCGCACGGGCCAAGCUCGAGCAGAUCGAGGACCAGCACCUGGUGGAGAUGGAGGACGCCCUGAACAAGCUGCAGGAGGCGGAGACGAAGGUAAAGCACCUGGACGGGUUGCGGGCCGUGUGUAGUCAGCAAGCCCAGGCCCUGGCCAAUGCCACGGCACAGCUGGAGGCCACCCAGCAGAAGCUCUUGCAGCUCGAUGGGCUCUGGAAGGCCAGUUCCGAAGGUCAAUUGGGAAUGGAGAAGCUCAGGCAGCAGCUCCAGGUGGCUGAGCGGCAGAUUCAGGAGUUAGAGAAUGCAAAGCGGGCCGAGAGCUGCAGGUUGGCCGAUAGCCUGGCCGAAGAGCUGCAGGGGAAGGGGCUAGCGCUUCGUAGUCUUCAGGAAAACUUGGAGGAGAAGGUGGACGUGAGCCGCAGCCAGUGCCAGGCUCUGCAGGCCGAGCACACCAAGGCCAGCGUGGAGAGCCAGGGGCAGUACGAGGAGGCGCCGCAGGCCCUGCAGAAGCUGCUGCUGCAGGCGGAGGAGAAGCUGCAGGCAGCGGAGGCGGAGAACGGGAGCCUGCUGCGACAGGUGGCUGAGCUGAAGUCGCAAGCCGAUAAGGCCAAGCGGUUCACCCAUUCCCUGCUGGCCGUCUGCGAUAUCGCAGUUCGGAGCCCGUGUGGUCUCUUUGCCGCGGUGCGCCCACCCUCUGCUGGCCGUCUGCGGUAUUGCAGUCUGGAGCGCGUGUGGCCCUUUGCCGUGGUGGGCCCGCCCCCUGCUGGCCGUCUUUGGUAUCGCAGUAUGGAGCAUGCGUUCAAGGAAAGGCACAACGCCAAGACAGUGGGCGACAUCAAGCAGAUUGUCUCCCAGCUACCCCACAUGCAGGCGACACGGAGCUCCCUGGCCAACCACACCUCCAUCGCCGAGCUCAUCAGGGACGUGACGACGUCUGAAGACUUCUUUGAUAAGUUAACCGUGGAGCAGGAGUUUAUGUCUGGAAUAGACACUGAUCAGAGAAACAAGACCCAGCCCUGA